UUUUGCUGGCUACAAACUAUAAAAUACGACAAUUUAAAACAGCGAUUUCUUUCGAUUUAUCUCUGUAUAUGUGAAUAUGAUUGUCUGUGCAUCGUAGAUGGGAAGUCAUAUUGUAUUACGUGUGUCCUUUUUUCAAAGCCAUGCAACCGGGGUUAGAGUUCAGUAAAUACUGAUGAUGUCAUCGUGUGAAGAUGGCUGAAGGAGAAGGCUGGUGGGGAGGCUGGCUUCAGCAGAGCUUCCAGGCCGUCAAAGAUAAGUCGACUGAGGCCUUAGAAUUCAUCAAGCGAGACCUGACGGAGUUCUCCACUGUGGUGCAACAUGACACAACCUGCUCGAUUGUGGCUACGGCCACGGCUGUCCGGAAUAAGCUUGCGGUGGAAGGCUCCUCUGAGACCUCAGAAAAGGUGAAGAAGAGCCUCUCUAGUUUCUUAGGGGUGAUAACAGACACGCUUGCUCCACCGCCCGAUAAAACCAUCGACUGUGAUGUAAUCACAUUGGUGGCAACGGCGUCAGGAACGACAGAAAUCUACGACAGUUGUAAGGCCCGUCUCUACAGUUUGCAAGCUGACCCUGCUACAUACUGCAAUGAGCCUGAUGGUCCCCCAGAGCAGUUUGACAACUGGCUGUCCAGAUUCAGUUUGGAAGACAAGAAGGGAGAAGUCUCCGAGCUUUUGGUCAACACUCCCUCUAUACGAUCCCUUUACACCAAAAUGGUGCCGGCAGCUGUAGCACAUUCAGAAUUCUGGCAGAGGUAUUUCUACCGAGUCUUCCAGUUGGACCAGGAGGAGGCACGGAGAGUGGCACUGAAGCAGAGGGCAGAACAGGCGACACACACGGAGACCCUUGGCUGGGAGGAGGAGGAGGAAGAUGAUUUCCUCGGCGCUACGUCAUCAUCUCGACUCAGCGGCUCAACCCGGCUUCCCGCCAACCCGACCGCCCCCUUAGGAACGGCUCUACUGAGCCCCGUCCUGUCUCCCGCCGAAGAUCGCGACGCCGCCCUCUCAGUCAGCAGCGACAGCGGCAGCCUGCCAACGCAGGUGUCGGCGCGGCGGGAGCCCGUCGCUGCGGAGCUCGCCGAGAAACUGACAGAAGCCAGCUUGGAAGACGCCGCGGACAAGACGCGAGAGGAGCAGAGGCCCCGAAAGAGUGACUCGCCUCUCGGGGCGCAGGUGAAAGCUGUAACCCAGCCAGAGGUCACUGUUGACGGGGCGUCAGUGCGGCCUUCUGCCCCCCCUACCUUUAAACCAGAAGCGGCGAAGGAGGAGGGGCCGCAGGACCUGAGAGUGUUCGAACUCAACUCCGACAGCGGGAAGUCUACGCCCUCUAACAAUGGCAAGAAAGGGUCCAGCACCGAUGUGAGUGAGGACUGGGAGAAAGACUUUGACCUGGACAUGACAGAAGAAGAAGUCCAAAUGGCACUCUCUAAAAUAGAAGCUUCUGGAGAGAUGGACGAAGACUGGGAGAACUGGGAAUGAGAGCCACCGCAACACGAACUCUGUUCCGCCAUUAAAGCUAGUUCUCGGCAGACGGGCCAUGCUUAAUGUGUUUUAAACUCUUUGUCCACACUGUCACCAUGUCAUGAUCGUCAGUAGGGGAUUUUCCGGCAGGUUUGGACCAUAUUGGCGAACCUGUUGAAAAGAGCAACUGGAAGACCAUGGCAAUAAGAAUUACCCUGCUCUGUCAUUUUAGCGCAGAUAGGCCUCUAGCGAGGGUAACGGCUCUUGGCUAUUUCUUGGAGUAACUUCUGACUUAGAGAGCAUACGACACUAGUCACUACCUUUUUUUUUUUUUCUUUUUUUGUAAACCUUAAGGACACACAGUGACAAGUCAGAAUGUGAAAGGUAUCACUGCAGCGGGGGAGGAGCUGGUUCCCCUUUUUCUUUAUGCCAUUAUAUACAUAACGUAUGUUGCAAGUGCAUUGCUAGUUGGGCGAUGACGUAACGGCGAGCUGCAGAAUAGCCAGAAACUAUAACGCUGCUUGUCAUCUUCCUGAGAUGGACUUCCCAAAUGAUUUUUUUUUUUUUUUUUUUGAAUGAUGAUGAUGAUGAUCGAUUGAUUUAAUUCUACCUGUGCCCCCGCUCUUUCUUGCUCAUCUUUAUUAUGCAAGAGAAUCAUCAAAAUGAAAAAAAAACAAAUAUAUAUAUGUAUAUUUUGGCCUUCGUUCACAGAGCACUUUUCAUUUUGGAUUCACUCCCAACUCUAGAUGUAUGGCCUUGUAAAACACGCCGCAGUGUGAUAGUUAUCCAAAUGCUUUUUUUGUUUGUUACAAGUCAGUUGCACAACCAGCUAACAUGUCGUUGGUUCUCUCCCCUCUCUCUGUCAUAUCAUGUGAGUCGUUUGAAUAUAUGAGCUUGUUGCAGGCUGUAACUCCGGUGUCACUUUUCGAAUGAGUUGUUUGUCUUAUUUGGGUCGUGGGAAUUCAUUAGUUCUGAGUUGGUAAAGAGAGAGAGAGAGAGGGCGUAUGUGCACUAAACGAGGAGAAUUCAAAGCGCUCCCGGUGUCGCGGUGCCGGAUUCUUUGGCUUGACGUGGACGCCAGCAUGUGAUUUAGGAAAAUGCGACAAAUCUGCGCAGUUUGAAAGUUGCUCUGUUGGCACCGUGUUUUGGAACAAAGUGGAUCAGCAGGUGGUUCCAGUAGGCCGAGGAGCGACGAGAGCACGCUCCAUGCUUCUCUGCAUUUCCCUCUCCAUCAUCUGUAACGUAAGGCGAGACAAAAAUAAUCCUAGAGAUGUAAUAUUUAUACUAAAAUACACGCUUAAUUAUUGUAUAAUGUGCUUCGGAUUGCAUGUCUGUGCAACACCAUGCAGAACAUUGUGCAGAUGGUUGCUGUUGAGUUGUAUGUUUUCUGAUAAAGACAUUGGCUGUUCUUCAGGUUCUUGUGUUGCAUGUCUAUGAUUCUCUGCUGUGUGUUUCCUUCUGAUUCACUCGUUGGACUCACCACAGCUGUUCUGCACUCAUCUGUUUUCAAAUCUGCUGUCAAGGUCUUUCUUUCAAGUCGAGUAUUUCACUAUAUUUUUUUCAAAUGAUCAUUGUCAUUAAAGGAUUCAUGGCUAG